GCCGGAAAGCGGAAGUAAGCUGUGCGAAUCGUGCAAAUGUUUAUAUCGCACUGAGCAGAGGUUUUCUUUUGUGAUGAAGCGUUAUUUGUAGCAAAAACGUCGUGAAUGAAAUUCGUCUUGCAGCUAAACCGGGACAUGAGAACAUUUAAGAACUAAACGUCAGUCUGCCCUGGAUAAUUAGCAGCUAACUUCGAGCUAAAACUGCUCACGGGUGACGGCUAAAAUGAGCUUUAAAAGUAAAGACAACUGCGAAGGUGUUAAAAACUACCACAACCGAGCGUUUGAGUGUCUCUCUAAAGCACUGAAGAUCGACGAGGACGACAAAGGAGAGAAGGAGGAGGCUGUAAAGUGGUACCAGAGAGGAAUCGCAGUUCUGGAGAGCGGCAUUAAGGUCCAAAUAACAGGACAAGGUGAGCAGUAUGAUCGGGAGAGGAGGCUUCAAGGAAAAAUGGUCAACAACCUCGCAAUGGCUAAGGAGAGGCUGUCAAUUUUAGAGGCGACACUGACAUCUAAAAAGAACAGUGAUCCUCAGACGGCCGCAAACCAGCCAAAGUCUGUUCCCAAAAGCCAGCCUGUCGGUCAGAGUGUGUCCAGUAUUUCCAAACCCUCUACUGUAGUCAGACCUCCUCGGUCCAUUGAUGGAAAGGUGACGCCCCGGGCAGCAAAAGGUCAAAACAGCAGACCUGCAGUUUUGAGACAGCCUGAAAGGAGGAAUAUGAAAAACUUUAAGAACGUAGACAGCAAACUGGCCAACAUGAUCCUCAAUGAAAUUGUGGACAGCAGGGCGUCCGUUUCCUUUGAAGAUGUUGCGGGACAGGACUUGGCCAAGCAAGCGCUCCAAGAGAUUGUCAUUCUUCCAGCUUUAAGACCAGAGCUCUUCACUGGCCUGAGAGCACCAGCACGUGGCUUGCUUUUAUUUGGCCCUCCUGGAAAUGGGAAAACCAUGUUGGCUAAAGCUGUCGCAGCAGAAUCAAACGCCAACUUCUUCAACAUCACUGCUGCUAGUUUGACCUCUAAAUAUGUUGGUGAGGGUGAGAAGCUCGUCCGAGCGUUGUUUGCGGUCGCCAGAGAAUUACAGCCGUCUGUCAUCUUCAUUGAUGAAGUUGACAGCUUGCUUUGUGAAAGGAAGGAGGGAGAACAUGACGCUACUCGUCGAUUAAAAACAGAAUUCCUCAUUGAGUUUGAUGGGGUGCAGUCAGGAGGAGAUGACAGAGUGCUUGUGAUGGGAGCGACCAACAGGCCUCAGGAGCUCGAUGAAGCAGUACUGAGGCGCUUUGCAAAAAGGGUGUAUGUGACAUUGCCAGAUGAGGAGACAAGGUUCAAGCUGCUGGGAAAUCUUUUGGGAAAACACGGAAAUCCACUGAGCAGAAAUGACCUGUCUCGUCUGGCAAAAAUGACUGCAGGGUAUUCAGGAAGUGACCUCACGUCAUUAGCCAAAGAUGCUGCACUCGGUCCCAUUAGAGAGCUUGAACCACAACAAGUCCGAAGUAUGGUUGCUAGUGAGAUGCGGAAUAUCGGUAUGAAAGAUUUUGAGGAUGCUCUGAAGCGCAUUAAGCCCAGUGUUAACUCGACAACUCUCAAUAUGUAUAGCAAAUGGAACAAAGAUUUUGGUGACACGACUGCUUUUUAAAAAUAAAGACAUUCAUUUUUAUUUGUUUAUAUUAAAAAAGGAUACAGUGCCGUGCAAAUGUUUGAGGCAACCUAGAAUUUUCAUAAUUUAUUUUCUUCAUUUUUUUACUUCAUUGCAUUAAUUACAUAUUCAUUAGUUUUGAAACUACAGAACAGCGGCUGGUUGUGUGGUACAGGAGACAACAGACUGGAGGUUAUGUUACAGUUGUGACCACUACCAGUCUGUGUCCUUCAUUUGCAUCGUUCCAUUACAUAACUCAGUGUAAGCAUUUAAUUUCACAUAUCUAAAAAUCAGAAAACUCAGAUGGGAUUUAUCAAUUAUCAAGUUACACAUUCGAUUGUCAACUUCAAAAAAUCGUAACCAAUCGUGUUUACUUUGUUGGUGUAUUGAUGGUACAUGUUAAAUCCUGAGUACUGUAAAUACAACCCAGUUAAUGUACUGCAGGAGACCUCAACAAAACCAAA